GCUGUAUAAUUUACGGACACGUCAGGCAGCCAUUUUUCCCCGAGACGUUCAAGGACUCAGGAGCGUCGUCGCUUUGCCGAGCAGAAGCUCUAAAAUCCCGACUUCCUAAAGUCACUGGAACGGAGCAUCAACUCAGCCGUACUUUACAAAGCGGGUGAGCUGGAUUUCAAGGUGGAGAACAUCAUGGCCCGUCUGGUAGCGGUUUGCAGGGGAAAUGAAGAGGACUACCCCUUUCUUGCCAGACAGAUUCCUCUGUAUGUUGAUGACGGUUUGACGAUGGUGAUGGAGCUUUCUGAUGGUGCCACUGACUUUGACAGGAAUGUAAAUGGUACUUCCCAUUGGAAACAGUUUGCAGAGGACCACCACAAGCUAAAGCAACAGGACUUGACGAUGGCCCUGACGGUGUUGUCCGGAGAGCUGUACCGAGCAUUAUCCCAAAUGGUGCCAUGCGUGGGUUGCAGACGCAGUGUGGAGCGCCUUUUUUCCAAUUUAGUGGAAUCGGAGACCCCAACCUUGGAGCCGCUCACAGUGAAGGCCCCAGGAAAGCUGUCCGUCAACAAGACUUGUUUAGCAGAUAUGAAGAAGCUAUACAGCCUUUUCUACAUUCAAGGGUCAAAGUUGAAUGAUGUGAUUGAUGCCAUUCCAAAAAGUAGAAAGAGCAACCGAUGCCAGUUGCACUCCUUGGACACAAACAAACUCAGACCAUUGGGGGGGAGCUGGAUGGACGUGUGGGAGCGGAUGUCCAAGGAAUGCAGGGAUGAAGUGGUCCUAGUCGAUAGUGCCUGUCUUUUGGAGACGCUGGAGAGACACUUGCAAAAACACAGGUUUUGUGCUGAUUGUAAGAAUAAAGUGCUGAGGGCAUACAACAUCCUGAUUGGAGAGGUGGACAGUAGUGAAGAGAAGGACUAUUGUGCUAUGUUGUACGAGGGACUGUGCUGCUGCCCUCGUGAGCGCCACAUCCAUGUGUGCUAUGAGACUGAUUUCAUUGCUCACCUCCUCGGUCGAGCUGAGCCUGAAUUUGCCGGAGGCUACGAGGAGAGACAUGCCAAGACCAUUGACAUUGCGCAAGAAGAAGUCCUGACUUGUUUGGGCAUUCAUCUCUAUGAACGACUGCAUAAAAUCUGGCAGAAACUCCGUGCAGAAGAGCAUACCUGGCAGAUAUUGUAUCAUCUAGGCAUUGAUGAACUGCGCAAAAGCUUUGAGAUGGCAGUGGAGAAGAUUCAGGGGAUCAGUCGUCUUGAGCAAUUUGUUGAGGAGCAGUCUGAGAAAGAAAGAGUAAAACAGCUUAAGCAGGAGAAAAAAAGGCAAAAACGUAAGAUACGACGCAAAAACAGAUGUGGCUUUGACAACCAGGAAGAAGAGCUCAAGGAAAAGGAUCACGAGGAGGGUUGUCCUGAGGCCGAGGAGCGUAAUUGCAAUGGAUGUAGGAGCCAUGAUGAGGGGGAGUCGAUCUGUGAGGAGAACAGUUGUGCUAAUGCAAACACAUCAUCUAGCUGUCCAUGUAAACAAGAUUUGACUUCCCACAGCACUGCCAGCGAUUGUGGCUACUCAAGCGCUGAGGUCAGUGACAUCGGGUCAAGAGAAGGUUCUGAUAUUGCCUGCUCCGAGGGACUCUGCAACCAUGAUGAAAUAGGUGAGUCAAAUGAACACGAAGACAAUGAAGAGGAGGGAACAGACAGCUGUGUUGACUUCUGGUCACACAUUGAGGAAAAGCAACCAUGUAAGAAGAAGAAAAGAAAGGGACACAACCAUGGAGUUAGUAGUUCAUCUGGGGGGAACAUGAGUCACAGUGCACCGUCAUCUCAUAUAUGCCAAACCAAAGAUCUAAAUUCCUCCUUAUGCUGCGACAAGACCGAAGAUGGGUUUGCACUAAAGUUACAAUUGAAGAUUCAUAAGCUGAAUCUCAGCCUUGAUUCAAAACGCCCAGAGCCCAACAUGAGUCUAAUGGACCUACUGGACGAUUCUGAAGUAUUGUCGGAUGAAGAGGAUUGUCUCACCCAAGAUGAAAUUCAGACAUUUUUAGAAAGACAUCAGUUGUUCUGCAGCAACCGUCAUAAGUAUCGACAGCUAUUGAAAGAGAAAUUCACCAACUACUGCUGUGGAACUACAAGGAAUGCGGUCUGCGGCAAACCAAAUAAGUGUACUCAUGACAUGUCAAGGGAAAAUCUCCCGCAUGACCACUGCUGACACAUAUACUAAAUAUUCUCAUCUUUGGCCUUUGAUUCUCUCUUUUUUUUGGAUCAAAUGUGAUUUGCCUCAGGUUUUCACUUACUGUAUAAGAUCAUACUCUAAUUUCCAACUUUAUCGGUGGUGAUUCUCAUUGCCAAGUAUUGUAACUUAGUGGUUAUAAGGUGGUAUCGCACAUCAAACUUUGCAAUCUGUGACUUGUGGGUCAUGUGUUAGUCUUACAGGAGAGGGUUUUAUUGUCUUCUGUUAUGUUUUAUGGUGAUGGGCUGCUCUCAUUCUAAGUGGGCUUUACAAAGAGAUUAACAUCCAGUUACAAUGAGGAUUGUGGUGAGACGAGCAGAAUGUGAAAAUGUACUUAAUAAAGAAUAUUUAUUCAUCUGCAUCAA